CCACAAUCAUUCUUCUGCUGAUUCAAGAUCGCAUCGAAGAUACUUAUCAUCAGAUCGGUUUUUAUUCAGGCUUCCAAUCCCACUUUUCCAUAAGCGGCUGAGAGUAUUUUACUUUAGUUGUUGUAGUUCUAGGAGUCCAAAAAGAUGCUGGUGGUGGUUUGCAUCAAAAUAUGAUGUUAGGGUAGAAACUUGAUAGGGUUUGAGGAGAGUAUAUGACCAUGGAUCCUUUCUUCUUUGAUUACUCCGAUUGUAUCAAUGUUGAUGAUCUUCAAAUAGACAGCCAUGCCUUCUCACCUAAUCCUGAUCAAUACCCGAGUCCCUCAGAUGGUUUCUUUUUGGAUGACCCUGUUCUAGACCUUAAAUCCUCAGAUAGUGCUUUUCUUUCGAAUAAACUAGACCAUAUAACCAAUCUCCCUUCAAAAUCUAUUGGCCUUGAUAUCGGGGAUUUAAUCUUUCCCUCGGCAAGUGUGAGCUCAGAUGGAGGCCCAUUUGGUCCUUCUAUGAGCUCGAGUAGUGCCCAGAGUUUUGGGGUAGAUUCUCUCUCCCCAUCGGGAGACACUGACUCAUCGGAUCCUGUCCUAAAGUACAUAAGUCAGAUGCUUAUGGAAGAGAACAUGGAGGAGCAGCCGUGGUUAUUUGCUGAUCAGGUCGCUCUGCAAAAUGCUGAAAAGUCACUGUACGAUGCCCUCAGUCAGCCGCAUUCAGAAGAGUCUGAUCAGAUCCCAUCACAACUUGAUUUAAGCCAUUAUAUCAACAGCCCCAAUGGCAACCUUUCUGGAAGUAGCAGUGCUGAUGGAAGUCACGAUGUGACAAGCGUUGCUGUUAGCUCUAGCGACUCAGCUGAUGCUAAUAUUCUUUACACAAUAGAAGAACAUAGCCAUGCUGUGCAGGAAAAUUUGAACCUGGACUUCCAAUCAAAUGGGGAUUCCAGUCCACAGUUGUUGUCCAAUUCUUCAAGCACCAUCACGAAUUAUGAUGAUGGGUCUGAGGAAUCUUUGCAUGAGCUUCUUGUCAAGAGCAUUUUCAGCGAUAGUGAGUCUAUUAUCCAGUUCAAGAAAGGAUUAGAGGAGGCCAGCAAAUUCCUUCCUACCAACAGUCAAUUAGGAAUUAACCCAGAGGACAGCAAACCGCCAUCAGAAACGAAGAAAGGAACCUCAAGAAUGCACAUCAAUGAGGAGAUCAAAAUGACACGCUCAUCUGAUGGAUUCACGGGACUAAAGAAUCACGAGAGGGAUGUGGAUGCUUUUAUGGAAGGCAGGGCCAAUAAGCAAAAAGCCUUGUACACAGAAGAAAGCGAGCUUUCUGAUUUGUUUGAUAAGGUGUUGCUCUGCAAUGAAAAUGGUGGGGCUAUGUGUUCUGGUGACAAAUCCGUGGAGACAGGGCUGAACAAAGACAUACGGCCACAAAGGAACAAGCGCGGUUCCAAUAGAGGUAUGGGUCGUGGUAAGAAGCAGGGAAGCAAGAAUACUGUUGACUUGAGAACUCUUCUGACUCUAUGCGCACAAGCCAUCUCUACUACUGAUUUUAGGACUGCCAAUGAAUUGUUGAAGCAGAUUAGAGAGAACUGUUCUCCAUCUGGCGAUGGGUCUCAAAGAUUGGCCCAUUACUUUGCCAACGGGCUAGAGGCACGACUGGUCGGCAACAACAGUCGGACAAAAGACUUUUAUUCUACUAUUGUUGCUAGGAGGACCUCAGCUGCCGAUGUCUUGAAAGCUUACCACUUUCAUAUUUCAACGUGUCCUUUUAAGAAGUUCUCCAUUUUCUUUGCAAAUUACAUGAUCUUGCAAGUAGCAGGGAAAGCCACUACCCUUCAUAUAAUCGAUUUCGGCAUUCGGUUUGGUUUUCAAUGGCCAAUCCUUAUUCAGAAGCUCUCUUUAGAAGACCCCUGUAAAUUGCGCAUCACAGGGAUAGAGCUUCCACAGCCUGGUUUCCGCCCAACCGAAAGAAUAGAGGAGACAGGUCGUCGUUUGAAAAAGUAUUGUGAGCGUUUUAAUGUCCCUUUUGAAUUCAAUUUCAUAGCAUCAAGGAAUUGGGAAUCCAUCAAACUUGAGGAUCUCAAGAUUCAAAGCAAUGAGACUGUUGCAGUGAAUUGUUUAGACCGGUUUCAUAAUCUCCUUGAUGAGACAGUUAAGGAUAACAAUCCGCGUGAUGCUGUGUUAAAUAUAGUUCGGGAAAUUAAGCCUGAUAUUUUUGUUCAUGCUAUAAGUAACGGCUCCUACAAUGCGCCCUUUUUUAUGACAAGAUUCCGAGAGGCACUUUUUCAUCUUUCAGGAGCGUAUGAUAUGUUCGAAGCAAUAAGUGAUGGUGACAGCAAAGAGAGGUUGGUUUUUGAGAGAGAGUUCUAUGGACGGGAAAUUAUGAAUGUCAUAGCAUGUGAAGGUUCAGAAAGGGUUGAGAGGCCAGAAACGUACAAGCAAUGGCAGGUUCGUCAUAUGAGGGCUGGGUUUAAGGCGCUUCCUCUGGACCAUGAGCUCAUGAAGUUGUUCAGGGGAAAGAUGAAACAAUGGUACCACAAGGAUUUUGUGCUUGAUGAAGACAGCUACUGGAUGCUGCUAGGUUGGAGAGGUCGGAUUAUUUGUGGCUCCUCCUGUUGGGUGCCCACUUAGGAUGGU